AUGAGGUUCAUAUUUAAUAUUCAUUACAGACAAAUUCAGAACCAAAAUCUAAACUCAUAAUUAAAUUUAAACAGGAAAUUUUUGAUUAAAAAUAAGUUACUUUCUGUGAUUGAAAAAUAUUAUAUUGAAAGAAAACUGUAUUGA